AGACAAUAACAAGAAGAUUGUCAAAAAUUUUCAUUCCGUACUCUGGUUUCAGAAACAGUGUAAUUUACGGAACUUUCGAAUCUCAUUUCACGAUGUCGUUCCACCGACGUUGUGGAAAGCGGAUUACCUUGGCCAAUAAUAACCGCACGGCGAUGCGAAACAUCAGCGAGUUUAAUCAUGGUCUGGUACUUAGCGCGGAGCCAAUGCAAGAUGAUGUUCUUUUCGAAGUUCGCAUCGACGAAAAGAUCCAUGCCUGGAGUGGAAGCAUUGAAAUAGGAGUUACCACGGUUAAUCCGGAAACCUCAGAUUUACCCCCUUGUGCAACAAAGCUGCGAAAUGGAACUUGGGUGAUGUCUGGGAUUUCUGUGUUGAGGGAUGGUUUGUCAUUAAUGGAGUACUAUGGAUCGGAUUUGGACAAGUUGGGCGAGGGCGAUCGUGUUGGAGUUUUAAGAACAGCCCAGAGCGAAUUAAUUUUCUAUGUGAAUGGGGAAUCACAAGGCGUUGCUGCUGUGGACAUUCCGAAAAACAUUUAUGCAUUGGUAAAUUUGUAUGGAAAAUGCGUGCAAGUUUCGAUCUGUCCAUCGGAUAGUUUGGAGUACAGUAACGAAAAUACGCAGAUCUCUCAAAAUAUCGAUAUUGCUUUGUCCGUGGAAAUGUCGAUUGCUGCUUCAGGAGGUGGUCCUUCUGGAUCUGGCCUUGGGUCGAAUACUGAUUGUAUAGAUCCAAAUGACAAACUUCGAUUUCAUACACGUUGUGGAUCACUGGUCAAACUGAGUGCUAAUUGUCGAACUGCCGAGCGACGUCGACCACUAGAUGAAUUCAAUAACGGGGUUGUGAUGACUCAUCGACCGUUGCGGGACAACGAAUUGUUUGAAAUACGUAUCGAUCGGCUUGUGGACAAGUGGUCCGGUUCAAUUGAGGUUGGUGUAACCACACAUUGUCCUUCGGCACUGCAGUUCCCGGCCACAAUGACCAAUCUUCGUAGUGGAACGAUUAUGAUGUCUGGAUGCGGAAUAUUAACAAAUGGCAAAGGAACGCGGCGUGAAUAUGGAGAGUUUAAUUUGGACGAGUUGAGAGAAGGUGAUCGAGUAGGUAUGAUGCGGAAAUCCAAUGGAAACUUGCACUAUUACAUAAAUGGAAGAGAUCAGGGUGUGGCAGCAACUCGUGUAGCGCAAACCCUCUGGGGUGUAAUAGAUUUGUAUGGAAUGACUAUAAAAGUUACCAUAGUCGAUCGAGACGAAAGAGAGCAGCAAAAUUUAGUUACCAGAAGAAAUAAUUUGAUGAGUUUACCGGUUUCAGAACAAGAAUUGAUUCCACCGAGUCCAGAGGUAGACUAUUGUCAAACCGAUCGUCUACUUUUUCAUCCUUUGUGUGGUUCGCAUGCCAGUGUUACUCAUAGUGGAAGGACAGCCUUGCGCCCGAAUGCCUCGGAUGACUUCAAUAAUGGAGUAGUAUUGACGCGACGACCUCUCCGACCAAACGAACUGUUCCAGGUGCGUUUAGAGCGUGUUGUUACCAAAUGGGCUGGAUCGGUCGAGAUGGGAGUAACAACGCACGGUCCUACGGAAUUGGAUUUUCCUUUCACGAUGACUAACGUGAGGUCCGGUACAUGGAUGAUGACUGGAAAUGGUGUUAUGCAUAAUGGAAUGACAGUUAUUGAGCAGUAUGGACAGAAUUUGGAUCGACUACAAGUUGGAGAUCGAGUUGGUGUUGUCCGUAAGGAUGAUGGAACUUUACAUUUUUGGGUUAACGGAGUUGAUCAGGGACCGGCUGCGUCAAAUGUACCAGAAAAAGUGUACGGUGUAAUAGAUCUGUACGGACAAGCUGCCCAAGCUAGCAUAGUUGAUACGUCUGAAUGUGGGACGCCAGAUACCGGUAAUUCAACAAUCUCGAACACAACACUGUUCAGUAGUGAACCCAAAUUAAAGUUUCACACAGUGCAUGGAAAAAAUGCUAGAAUUACAAAUGGAGGUUUAACGGCCUGUAGACCGAAAGCUUUGGCAGAAUUCAAUGAUUCGAUUGUAUUCAGCAACAGGCCUUUGCGUCAACGAGAGUUGUUUGAAAUUGUCCUCGAAACCGUCGUGGAUCAGUGGAACGGGAGUAUUGAAAUAGGGGUUACUGGAAUUCGGCCAGAUGAGUUAAGCCUACCGAGUACUGCAACCGAUCUAGAACAUGAUACUAUCAUGAUUUCCGGAACAACAUUAAUGCGUAAUGGUAUCAUUAUUCGUAACGAUCUUCCAUUUGAUUUGGAUACAUUAACAACUGGUUCACGUGUUGGAGUAAUGCGUAAUGGUGACAAUAUUCACUUUUUUAUAAACGCAAUUGAUCAGGGACCGUAUUACGAGUGCAAGGCUGCUAAUUUGUACGCCGUUAUCGAUCUCUACGGUCAAUGUGCCCAAGUCAGUAUAACAAUUCCACAGCCAGAUAUUCGGGCACCAUAUGCAAUGAGUGAAAAUUCUCAAAGCCUUCAGGCAACUUCAGUCAUUCAACCGGCUCUAGAGGCCAAACACCGAUGGUCAUGUAUCUCCGGUAAUGUAACACUAAUGCAGAAUUGGACGCUUGCUUCACGUUGCUCUAAUACUGCACUAUCACAUUGUUUAGUAUUUUCUGAACGUCCUUUGGUGGUUGGGGAGACUUUUGAAAUCAAAAUAACAGAUAUCAAUCCAUUAUACGCAGGUAGUUUGAAAGUCGGUGCAACGGAUUUAAAUCUAUCUGAUGAACAUGUCCGUAAGAACAUUCCCAUCAGUAUGAAACGAAUUCCAGCAAAUGUGUGGUAUGUCAGUGGCAACGAUGUGCGAUAUAACUCUUCUCUUCUUCAAAAAUCAUUAGCUUCGCUCGAUUGGCUCCGUGUAGGUGAUCGCAUUGCUAUUGAACUCACCGCUUCUCGCACUUUGAAAAUUCUCCUAAAUUCGGAAGACAUGAACAUAACGUUCCAUAAUGUUUCUGAAGACAUAUUUGCGGUUGUUGAACUACUUGGGUCUACAAUGGCUGUUCAAGUAACAUCCUCACAAGGUCCUUCCUCGCCAUUACGGCCAUGCAGUUUGCGGCUUCAGGACUCAUUGGAACUUGGUUUGGACCCUCUCAAUAAACAAGAUUCUAUGCUUGAAUCAAUUGAUUCAGAAAGUUUAACGUACGAGUUUUCCGAGGGCCAUGGAAAAAAUAUACAACUCACCGACGACAAAAAGUCUGCUUCUCGGGUAAAAUCUUACAAUCAUGGUGUAGUUUGUCUGUCGAAACCACUAUGUAAGGGGCAUAGCAUCAGUAUCAAGAUAAGCCAAAUAAAUCCCAAAUGGAAGGGGACAAUUGCUGUUGGAGCACUUGGUGUUUGUCCUUCUAUUCAUCAUUUUCCGUUUCCAACUUCAGCUAUACUUUUCCGCCGACCAUGCUGGAUUGCUACCCAUGACUACAUCAAUAUUAACGGAAACAAAACUCAAUCAAGUUAUGCGGAAAUAUUUGAACAAGUUCAAGUCGGAACUAUUAUUACUUUAACACUUACACAUUCUGGAAAUCUAGGGAUCACAUUCGGACAAACACAACUUGAUGAUUUAGCCAUCGGUCUGCCACAUCAUAUCUUCCCAGUGUUUGAUAUCUAUGGAAAAGUUGAAAGAAUAUCAGUAAUCAAUGGUGAUCCUAAAGGAUUCGGAAGUCCAAUUAACGAGGAAUUGGCAGUUAUACCCACGGUUUCAGGACUGGUGACUGGAGUGGUUGGAGGUGUCGAUCAAGGAAUUAUUGUUGCUGCUGGUGACGGUGAGAAUGUCCCUCAGUGCGAAAAAGCCGAUUUAGAGAUCCAUGAAAAGGAAACAGAUAUUGGAUCUUAUGUUGCAACGUGCUCUAACCCAAGUAAUACGAACAUGAGCCGUUCGGUUAUGGACAGUGUUUCAGAAAAUUUACUUCUAAAUAUCUCUAUUAAAAACCGUACCGCUAAUGAGGCAAGGAAUCAAGAGCUGUCAAAUUCUUGUUGUUUGCGAGAUUCGCUUCAACUUCAGCAUUCCACUAACCUGAACAUUCAGCGAAGCCAAAGCACGCAUCGUUUUAACACACUACAAGGUAGUUUCGAUAGCAAUCGUGGCGGUGAACUUUCGCAAUCAGCAAACUUCGAUGAAGGCUUUGAGGAUUAUCGCUCUAUCAAUCUCAACAAUCAAUCGGCCGUUGCUGCUACCAUAAGUGGUGUCAGUGCAGCUACAAGUACUGGUGGGCCACAACUACCAACAUUCUCACAAGAGGGUAACACUGAUCCGAACUAUUUAGAAGAUGUGGACAGUAAUAUCGAUUUUAAUAUACAUUUGAAUGAAUCCGAGCAAGAAGACGACAGCAACACAAUUGCCAAUAAUCGAGCAAAGCUUGGUUUACCAUUGCAAUCUUCAUGCUCUACCGCACCAGAACAUCAACCACCUGCUUCUAUUGGUAUUUCUAGCGGAAGGCGCAUCAAUAAUGUUGUUGACUUCACUGAUGCGCCAAUACAUUGUUCUCGAACGAAUUCAUUUUCUUCUACUUCAGUAAUGUCAGCUGUGGUUGAGAAUAAAGAUUGCGAUUAUCUUAAGCUAGUCCUAGGAUUCAAGCGAACUCUAAUGUUACCAGAUGUUUUUUUCGCUGGAGACAGUUUCGGAUGUUUUUGUGAGUCUUGCGCUCCUUCGCUACAAAGUUCUAUGUUGAAGAACUGGAUUCGUAUCAAAAUCAACCAACAGACUCUAAGCAGUACUUGUACAGUAAAUACAAAUGAUGAGUCCAUUUGGACAACUGCGUAUUACAAUGCUCGCGUGGAAAAAAUUCGUUCUGUUCUGGACCAUGGGCAACCAUUGCCCAUUGAAUCAUGCCAGUUUCUGCCAGAAGGAACAACUAUGGGAGACAAUUUUGUACCGGGAACGCACAUCCUUUUGCAGUCAGCUCCAGAUCUGUGCGAACGUUUACAGAAAUCCUCACUCCACAGAUACAUGGCCAACGGAGUCUGCUACAGGAUUGCGGCCACAUUCGAAGUUCGAGUACGAUCGCAAGCAUUAUGUAGUAUCGAUUUUGGAGACGGAGCAGCAGCAAUAGGUCCAGAUCAUUUGGUAGCUGGUAGUCUACUGGCAACCAAUGCUACAUCCAAUGGCGUUGUUCGAUACUGGACUACUAAGGAAGCUGACGCAUGCGUUUUGACCGCUCUGAUGGUUCAACUAGCCCGAGUUUAAAAAGUGGGUUGAGAUUAUUCUGAUUUCUCACAAAAGUUCAGUUAAUUUUAAAUUAUAUUUAUAGGUAGAUUUAUGUAUUUUCCAAUUUUAGACAUGGCAUGAAGAAUCAGCUUAUAAAACAAUGACCAUAAAGUCACCAUUUAUCGCCCAAUCCACAUUUACCUCUCAAAAUUCACUUUAAUAUUUUUCCGGGAUUUUCAUCCUUUAGGAUUCACCCGUUUCACUUUAAUAUUUAAUUUAUUGAGAUUUAGAAACAACAUUUUCCUGUGCUCUAGUCCACAAUAGGCAACUUUGAUUGCGAUGUUGGUUGCUGAAACUUUUUAAUGUUAACAUCGAGGUCUCCCAUACUUGUCGGGGGAUUUGAGAUAUGCAGCUCAUCGUCUAGACCUAGAUGAAAACUUAAACAAGACAGACAGCAACCAAAAUUGCAGUUCAAGAUGCCUCAUUUGGACUAGGCGUUAAGCCCUCUUAGAGUUAGCCAAAUUUCAGCUCAUUUGGUUUACUUUAAGAGGUCGCUCAACAAACCCCUAACUUUAUGUUUGGCUCUAAAUUUUAUGUUUUUCUUAAUUGAAACAUAAUUUUACACAUUUUCUUUGAAGACCGUUAGAUGAUACAAGCUAUGACAAAAAGGAAAGCGUAGAAGAGAGGAACUUCAAUCUUAAAGGUGUGAGGUAAAAACACCAUGGUGUGUCAAAUUUAACGGGAAAAUAAGGCAAUUCAGUGUUGGUUCAGCAUGACCUUGAGAUGGGCAUACUGUCCCUACUUUCAUAACAUUCCCAUAUGCAAAAAUGAGCCAGCGAGAAAAUCAGCAUUUUCUGUUUUGGAAAGAAACAUAGUAAGGUAACUACAUCCGUAGAAUUUCACAUAUGGGACUCUUGUGCGGGUAUAUUACAUUUAGGAGUCACGAGUUGAUAUUUUUUCUCGAAAUAUCUAGAACAUUAUUAAAUAUUUUGUUUUUUCAAUGAUUUAUACUGAAGUCCAAUGUUCAAAAUGACGAACUAUCAGGUUAGAUAAAUAAUGACCAAAAUUUAUUCGGGACUGUUAUGUGAGUGAGGGCAGCAUACCUCUGUUGUGUUUUUUUGUCGUAACUCGUAUCAUCAAAAGGACAUAAAAUAAAAUGUGUGAAAUUAUACGUUUGAAUUAGGAAAACCCAACUUGUACAGCAAUCGGUGCAUAUGCAUAGAAGCUAGGGCCUAGAGAGUGGAUAUUGCAGUUGCGCUUUGCAUACAAACGUGAGGGUCUUUGUGUGGCCCCUUAAUGUUAAUCAAAUAAGCUUGGCCUUGUGACAGACCAAGAAAUGUUUUCAGCCCCGAAGGUUUUGAUUCCGCAACAUACCCUUAUUUUUGUACCACCCUAGUGGUUAUUAAUACCUAAACACAAGUAUCCCCAUGACCGGUGAUGAUAUGAAUAUCACCAAAUAAAAGCUUCCGGACAUCGUGUGAACCGGUGUACAGUUUUGACGGUUGUUUAUUAGGAUGAGAUGUAUAUUCCGUCUCGCGUGGUAGAUUCCUCGCGGAAAAUCAUUAUUCGAGCUAAUUCAAGUCGAGUUGGCGGUAUAAGGGCCAGUUAAACGCCCGAAAAUUUAUUAAAUUAUUCAUAAAAAUAAGUUUUCUCUUUUUCAUCAAUUAUUUUUUCUUGAAAGGGGAACACUUUUAAGAGGUACUUUAGAGUAGAAGAAAGUAAUGAAAAUUUUUAAUCGAUUUUUCAUUAGAAAUGAUUGAAGUUCAACAAUCGCUUAACUGUUCGGUUUAUGGUGACUUCAUGGUACCCCUUAUGGAUCUCAUUUUUAAUAUUUGAAUUAUUAUCAUUUUUCGUUUGGUUUUUGAGUAUAUACCUAAUGUUAUACAGAGACUUUUUUUUUCUUUUCUGUUCUAUUGAAAAGAUUGUUUUCUAAAAGAAAAUUCUGCAUUUGACAGGAAAAUUUUGACUAAACUUUAUUUAUUUCACGUAGGUAUUACUAUAAUAAUCUAAGAAUGCUCAGAAAAAAAAAGCUUACCGAUCGUUAGCAUUAUCUUCGUAAUUCAUAACAAAUAAUUUAAUCAUGUAUGGAAAUUAUCAGAAUAAUAACACGAAAGCUAUUUAUAAAAAGCACUUAAGCAAUGGGGUUAAACAAUACAGUCAAAAUUCAAACAUCGCAUAAUAUAAAUCUUUUCAAUGGUGAGAUUUUCCGAAACAUUUCCAUAACUCACAUCGCAUCGAAGUGGAAUCGGUGUGCUUCCAACGAUUUUUGUAUUCUAUCCUCUCGUUUUUCUUUAGCGUAUAAUAUCAAUAUUAAUAAAAGAAUCACUAAGCAGAUUCCUCCUAAAGCCACUACACUCAUCAGGAUUAAUUUGCUAGGAGUGACAAACAAUUGCGCUUUCCAUUUUUCAACUUCAUCUAUCGGUCGGGGGACUACUAUCAUCUGAGAGUUAGGAAUUAGCUGAGUCCAGGUCCGCGAAUGGUUUGAUAGACCAACGGUCAGAGAAUCUACAAAGUUUGGAGUCCGUCCUAGGCCGAAUGUUGUAUAAGGAAGAUGCAAUGAGAAAUAAGCCGAUUGGGGUAGUUGAGCAGAAGCACCAUGUUGUGGGUCUCCAUCCUGUGUAGUAGUAUUGUAUUCGAUAUGAGGUCCAGGUAGAUUGGUUCCUGAAAUGUACAAUGAAAACCGUGUUACAUAAAAACAGUUAAUUGUUUUUAAACUACUUUUCUAAGAUAUCUUUAUUACUUAUUUUACUGGUUAUGCUAAACGUAAAAACUGACGCUACACAAAUCGUGUCCUGUAAAACGUCGUGUGUUAUUUGUAUAUCUUUAUUAUUAAAAAUUAAUAAUAAUUUAUUCAUUGAAAUUACGGUAGCCUUAAAGUUAUAUGAAACUGUUGCACAAGGUCAAGGAAAUACAAUUAGUUUGGAGAGAUUGAAUAAUACAAAAUAAUGAUAGUUCGUUAGGUUUAAAAAUCACUGUAUGUUCCCGAAAUAUUAACAACAGUCUUUUAUCAAGAAGGUAAAAAGUUCUAUCUCUACUGUCUGUCAAGGAGG